CUUGGUCGCAACAAGCCUACACUGCACGGGGUGCCUGAAUCAGCAGCUACAGUUUCGUUUCACUAUCCAUCCCCAAAGAGGAAAAUGGAGUUCAAGCCCAAGGCAACCGUCUGCAUAGCGCUGCUGAUGCUGCUCCUGCUUUCUUCGUACGACGGAGGCGGCACGGCGGAGGCGCGGGUGUGCACGGGGAAGAGCCAGCACCACUCGUUCCCGUGCGUCUCGGACAAGAUCUGCCCGGGUACCUGCACCAAGGAGGAGGGCAGCCACUGGACCGCCGGAUACUGCCACCGGAGAAUCUGCACCUGCCAGAAGAAGUGCUAGACACAGAGCUCCGCCCCGGCGACCCAUCAAUCAUCCAUGGCGCCGAAUAAUCUACCCGCCUCACCUCUAUGUACCCUAGUUACCCCACGCACCGCUCCUUCAGUCAGGAAACACAUGCAUGUAAUAAAGCGUGACGCGCGCUCACGCGCCACCUGUGUACGUCCAUAGCAUAACGCAACGCUUUGCUUUCAGUGGCAAUAUAUUGUUAUUGUUCUGCUGGA